AAUUAUGUUAUCACAAAUUAACCGUUGGAAAACUUUACACUGGCUUGUUAAUUCUUGAAAAUUACAGAGCAAAGAAAUCAGGCGCUGAGUUGGCCAAGCGCAAACGGCAAAGAGCCGCACUUCUACUUAUGACUCAUCGUCAUGCAUUAUUUUUAUUGGAUGACGAAAAAGAGAGACCAUAUUCGUUAUUUUCAACAUUGGUUGAUACAAUUAAAGCGGUAAAAACUGAUAGUGGCGGAAAUUCACCGAAUAGUCAAUUAUCGCCUAAACAAAGUUUUACAGUUGUUGAUAAACAAACUGCUGGUCAUCGUCUCUCAGGAAUUAUCUCAAAAAUACGCAGUCGAGAAGGCAGCAUAAACAACAAUGAUUCACCACAACAGAUAAAACAAGUGCAAUCAUCACAACGAUUACAAAAAGAUUCACCGUAUUAUUCACGUAGUAUCACUCUAUGUAGUCCGAAUUCACCAACUGGUCAUUAUUAUCGUAGACGAAGACGUUCACGUUCCUUAGAAGCUUCACCAUCACGUUCAAAUUAUAUCCAACAAACAUCACGAGGUUAUAAUUCACCGACGCAAUUAAGUAAUUUUACAAAGCUACGAGGAGAGGGAUAUUCAUGUCCUCAAGUACCACCACAUCGAUCAAUACAUAAUGAUGAUGAUGAUGAUGUUGAUAAUAAUGAUGAUGGUAAUGAUAAUGGAAGUUUAUCAUUGAUUGAUGGUUAUUUGCCGAAUCGAUCACGACGAUUAUCACCGACACGUACAACUCUUAUGAAUAACCGUAUCUAUUCAGGUACACCAUCACCACAAAUGGUUACGGAUGAUGAUGAUGAACCAAUGCCAAGCGUAGUAUGUCAACGAAGACUUCCAUUAAUUGGUACAUUACCUCUAACAACAUCAUUACGUUCAUCAGAUCAUUAUACAACUCCGUAUCAUACGGCACGAAGUGAUCUUGACGUAAGUGGCGGUAGUGGUGCUACUUACUAUACACCAACCGACGAUAUACCAUCACCAUCUCCCAGUUCUGCGCACAAUUUCUCCACUUAUGGACAACGUAGUAAUUUUCGAUCACGAUUACCUGUUGGUUAUAAUGAUUGGAGGACAUCAUCUGUUACCGUUGGCUAUCAUGGUAAUAAUAUUACACCAUAUAGUCGAGUAUCACGUAGUGGUAAUAGUGCACCAACGAUAAUUUAUGCCGGUAAUCGAUUACGGCCAAUGAUACGAGUAAUACGAGCCCAACCAGGUAAUAUGCCACUCAGCGAUUCUGAUAACGAUGAACCAAAAUGGGCUGUUGUUUAA